UGCCGAGAAGGUGAUUAUCUUUUCUGUAUUUGCUAUUCACUCAAAUGAUGCAAAAGGUAUUCGGCAGUACGGCUUUUACUUUGGAGGUAAGAGAGGAAGUAGCAGUGUCUUGUAUCGAAGUUUACGUCAGUGUGCAGUUACAGUCGACAAGUGUUGUUGACAGCGCAGGGAAACCACCAACCCCAGACUGCCUUCCGCUUUUACUUAUCCGACAUUGAAAGAAUGAUCACAGACGAAGUGUGUUGUGACAAUGCAGUCUGCAGAGGGUGAGAUAGACACUCUACCUGGAGCUUUAUAAGGACGACAGGAUGAUCUGUCUGCCUCUUGUCCUCUAUCUCGUAUUUCUUAUAUAUUCUGUGCUUGGUUCCCUUCCUGCUCCAGUCAACCUUUCUGUCAGCUCUGACAAUUUCCACCAUGUCCUGCGUUGGGAUCCUGGGCCCAGCACCCCUCCAGGAACACAAUACAAGAUCAUCAGGAGGUUGAACAAGAAAGAACAAAAAAAGCUAUGGUACUCAAACACAACUUCAUUCAGGCUGAAGCUUCCACGCAACAGAGAGAAGUAUGACCUGUACGUCCAGGCAUUCUACAACCAAAGUCUGUCUCCAGAGUCCAGCAGAUACUCCUUCACUCCUUACGAAGACACCAUAAUAGGUCCUCCAAAAGUCUCACUGGCUGGAUGUGGCAACUGCAUUCAAAUCAACAUUUCACUCCCUGAAGCUGACAGGAGCUCAAAAAUCAGUGAUAUCCAGGAAUUCUAUGGGGCUAAGUUUAAAAUCUAUUGGAAGAAACAUAACGAAUCAACGAAGUCCUUCGUAACACAAAACAAGAGUUAUACUGUCGACAACCUACAGAUUGGCGCAGAGUACUGUGUACAGGUGGACACAAAGAUUAACGUGAAUAAACACACUGUGCCAUCCGCUUGGCAUUGCACCUUCACCAGCAUUGUGGAACCAAGCAGAGACCCUGUUAUUUUAGGCGUAGUUGCUGCUCUUCUGAUUUUUGCUGUCGGGUUCCUGAUGAGCUCCAUCUUCUGCCUCCACUACACUGGAUUCCUCUGUAAACUGAAGGCAGCUCUGCCCAGAGUGCUCAUUGAGGCUCUAAGCCAAGGCUACACCCUGACACCAGAGAGGACAGUCCCUGACAAAAUCUGCAUUAGCAUAGAGACUGAGAAACAGAGGAGGCACAACAAUCCCACAACUCCACAACCUGCCACCAAGGGCACUAACUCUGAUGAGGAGGAUGAAGAGGAGGAAGAGGAAGGGGUCAACGUCUACAUGGAAAGAGAUGCAGAGCUUUCCUCCCUUGACAGUUCCUGCCAGGACUCUAUUGAUGUGUCGUGUGUGAGCAGUAAAGUAGCUGCUUCAGGGAACUCUAGGGGUUUGACUGUGGAGGCUGAGGUGCCGGACACAGAGUUUGAGGUUGAAGUCACACAUGGGGGGUUUGAUCAAGAUAGGGCCAAAGCUGAAGAUGCAGAUGUUUCUUUCAUGCCUGAGGGUCACACUGGAGUCAAGGGACAUGUCACAGAUGAGGUGCAAGAGGAGGAGGAAGAUAAAGAGGUAGUGUGUGACAGCUCAUGCAAUAUCAAUUUGUUCUCAGUCACCCUCGCUGCAUUGACUCUAAGUGAGGAAGGGGAGGAGGAAGAGUCGCAGAAUACAAGUGAGUCUCACACAGACUUUUUGAAACUCUCUGAUCUGGAACUUCUACUGCCCUCAGACUCAAAACAGACCUCAAGGCACACAGAUUCACAGACUGAGUCAGAUCAUCAGACAACUAUGGCACUAAUGCUACCUACACAAAACUUUACUGGAGCUGGCUAUGAAGGCAGAUGUGCAGCCACUUUGUCUGGCUUUCUCAACACCUGUGAUGGUGUGAGACAGCAUGAAGAAACAAAAGAGGAGGGGGAGGAAGAAGAGGAGGAGGAAUUCUCAGGAUACAUGGCACACACAUGAUGUGUUGCUGUAUUUGUAUGAGUAUCAAUAAUGAAUUAAUUCCCAGCAAGUGCAUUCCUUUUUAUUUGAGGAAAAUUCCAACAGAAGAAUUUAAAUGUAACUGCCUUUUCACCCUACUGAGGUUGAGAAGAAGGUACGGGUACACCCGGCAGGACUGAGAGGCUCAGGAGGAGCUUCUACCCUCAGGACACAAAGAUACUGAAUGAUGACUGCUUUAUCCUAAACAUUAACAUUUAUUCAUUUCUACCACUAGGAAAUAUUGAAGGAACUGACAACUAUUCAUUUUACUGAAAUCAUAUUUUAUGAUUUCAUGUAACAAAUAAAAUUAUUGAUUAAGUUGUUGGCAUAACCUAUUGAUGUCUUGUAAAGAGCAUUCUUGUUAACACCCAAGUCAUAAUUACGAGAGUUAUGAAAGUUUGAGAGCUCAGAUGCAUCAGGUAACAGCCUGAAAAGUCAAACAAACACCUACCUACCUACCUUAUGGUAGACAAUGUUGUUUAGUUAUGAUAUGGUUAUCUAAUUAUUUUUCAUAGUAGACAUUUUGACCUGUCAAAGCAGGAUAAGUGCAGCCAUUAUUAAUAACAUUAACAAUAUCAAUGGGUCCCAGUAAGCAUGAAGGUGACGCAACAUUCACAUCACCAUUUUAGGGUAACUGAAGCAAAUCAAUGGAAUUCAGUCAACAUUUCAUUGAUUACACCUGUGCUUUUGUUCCAAAAAUAGGAAUCUAUUCCAUCCCUACAAUCCAUGUCCAUUCAGUAUGAUCUGAAUGUGGCCCUUCUUUUGGUCACUUCAGAAUAUAGAUGGAGUAGACCAGUGAUACUUAACUUAUGCCCUGUGGCUCAUGAUAGAGUGCUUGCCAUGGACUGUAAAAAUAAUGGAAGUAGCUACCAUGAUGUCGCCCAUUGGUUCAUGGACUCCUGUUUUAAAUCCGGUUUCAGGACUUUUGGGUGUCGUAAUCUUGUUUUGUUUUUGAGCAAGCAGUGACCAUAUUUGGGCGAGAGGUUGACACUGUGGAGGACUGAGGGGUGGAUUUGACUGAGAGGCUGGCAUGGUAGCUACUUUGACUGAGAGGCUGAGGGGUGGAUUUGAUUAUUGGCAGACAGCCUGUCUCUCAAAGCAGCAGGCCCUUAAUUAUGUGUAACUUUAAGCCUCGAUAAAAUGUAAACAGGUGAGUUAUGAAAAAAAUAACCCCUGUACAGUUGUUAUGAAGGGGGAAAUUAGCUUUAGAGGCCAAAAUCGUCUUUUGUACCAGGCUGUAAACAUGUAUUUCUGCUGUAAAGUUUGAUAUUUUAACAUGGGGAUCUAUGGUGAUUGAGCCAGCCUGAAGUGGCUGUUCAAGGAAGUGCAGUUUUUUUAUGGCAUUUAUGUGUUGGCUUCAUUUUUAGCCCAGAAGGUUGCCACUUGGUGCUUGCUGGCUCGCUGACCAUUUUCUAAAUCACAAUGAAAAUAAAUUGUUUCACACUGGGA